GAUGUCGGCGGCGGUGCCGGAGCUGAAGCAGAUCAGCCGGGUGGAGGCUAUGCGCCUGGGGCCGGGCUGGAGCCAUUCGUGCCACGCCAUGCUGUACGCCGCCAACCCCGGGCAGCUUUUCGGCCGCAUCCCCAUGCGCUUCUCGGUGCUGAUGCAGAUGCGCUUCGACGGGCUGCUGGGUUUUCCCGGGGGCUUCGUGGACCGGCGCUUUUGGUCUCUGGAGGACGGUCUGAACCGGGUGCUGGGCCUGGGCCUAGGCUGCCUGCGCCUCACGGAGGCCGACUAUCUGAGCUCGCACCUGACCGAGGGCCCACACCGCGUCGUGGCGCACCUGUACGCACGGCAGCUGACGCUGGAGCAGCUGCACGCUGUGGAGAUAAGCGCGGUGCAUUCGCGCGACCACGGCCUGGAGGUGCUGGGGCUUGUGCGCGUCCCACUUUACACCCAAAAGGACCGAGUCGGUGGCUUUCCCAACUUCCUGAGCAACGCCUUUACCAGCACCGCCAAGUACCAGCUGCUCUUCGCUCUCAAGGUGCUCAACAUGAUGCCCGAAGAGAAACUGGCUGAGGCUUUGGCCGCUGCCACUGAGAAGCAGAAGAAAGCGCUGGAGAAGCUCCUCCCGUCUUCCUCCUGAGCACAGGCUGCAGGCAGCUCCAGGACAUGGUAUGGAAGCACGGGCCGAGUGUGCAGAAUGACAACCGCCGAGCCACCACAGACGGGAAGGUCACCACUGGCCCUAUGUCCGGAAGGACUUCUCAGUGAAGCUAACAAAGUUUCCACAGCACCUGCUUGGCCUGGUAAGGAAAGCUGUGCUCCGGCCUAGCCUGAGCAUCUCUUCCACCUUAGAGCCUCGAUGAAGUGGCCAGUACGUGGGGGCAUAGGCACUUCUUUCUGUAAAUAAAAUACCUGUACCU